AUGGCGCCCUACAGCCAAUGCCUGACGACCGCGCUCCUUCUGAGCACGCUGAACCUCACGUCUGUGCCUAUCCCAAGCUUCAACGAGAGCCUCUUGGGGGCUCAUGCUUUUAAUCUCACGUGCUUCGAUGUGUACCUCAGGGGUCUCGGCACCAACUGGACGGGCACCACAUCGUACCUUGGCACCACUGAGGGCGGCACCUUCAGCUGCCGCACAAAUUUGACGGCGCUCUCCUACGCGGGUACCGUGCUGGCCGACGUGGCGGUGUACCCAAGUAAGGUGGAGCUCACACGCACAGUGGAAGACCCCAUGUCGGAGUUUACCUGCAUCACGAAUGCCUCCUCAGUAACGGCGUGCAACGUGAACAUAUCUCUAUUGAGUCUCCGCGCCGAUCCUCCCAGCGGCCUGAUCGACCUUCUCUUGCGAGAAGCGCAAACGUACAUGAAGAGCCAUUUGACGGAUUACGUGUGCAAGGUAAUGGUGCCUCGACUGCAGUCCAGCAUCCUCAAUCAAACCUACCCCUAUACCCCCGAACCAAGACCAGAAAAUCGCACGGCUAUUGCCGUCACCGACUCACCAUUCAUGCGCGCUGUGAUGAACAUCUUAAAUCGAGUGGAUGUCGCGGGCUUGCAGUUCUUUGUGAGGUCUCAACAGAGUCGCAUCAAUGUUGUGAUUUAUCACCCUGGCGGCACGAACAUUGGAUACGCGGGCAAUUUUGUGCCUUCUCCACUUGGUGAGUCUGCACUCGACUGGGGCCAACGGCUGGUAGACGCAUAUAUUCUGGGCGAUGCGCCUCACCCAUUCCCCCUAUACGGACUGCCGGGAAUGAUCGGAGACGCCUUGGUGCAGCUGAACACUUCCAAAACUCUCUUCGCAUCGCUUGAUGUGGACUUCAGCAUCGCGGCGUCUGCCAACAACUGGGUUACCAUCUACCUCACUCCUGGCGUGUCUAUUGCAAACCUGCAGAUCCAGGCGCCUGGCGACGGGCUCGGCUCACUUUUGACGCACGAACUCUCCCCAGUGUUGGAGAACGUCAUCAACGCAAAGCUCGCCAGAGUCCUCGCUGCGUUCGCCGGGAAUGUGAGCUCUGGUGUGAGCAACAGCAACACCACUAACAACACAGUGACCUUUUUCUUUGGUGAAGGUACUCACGUGCGAGACUCACCGCUCAUGGUCCCUUUGAUUUGUGUCGGUGCUGUUGGAGCGCUUGUUGGUGGGUUGCUUGUGUAUCGCAACGUGCGGCAGCACCGAAAUAAGCCUGUGCUGAGCAGUGCCACUGGUACCCCGCUGUCAACGUUUCGAAUCGUGGCCGAGGACGUCUUCCUUGUUGGUGGCGUUCUCCUCUGUGUGCUGCUUUUCACCGCAAGCAACACGAUGACGGGUGCCACGGUGGUUCUCGGUAGCGAAAUGCGCACGUACGCCUUCUCCCUGUCGAACACCAUCACUGACCUGUGGCAAGCAGGUCUCAUACCGCUCUCCAUCUGCGUGCUCGUCUUCAGUGGCGUUUACCCCUAUGUGAAGAUGCUGAGCAUCGUUGGCUUCACCGUGUGGGCUCACCGUCCCACCAGUCGCAUCCUCAGGCUGAUCGACUGUCUCGGUAAGCUCUCCCUCAUCGACACCUUCGCGCUCAUGGUGAUGGUGUCGGGUCUGGACAUUCCUAACAUCGCGGAUGUGCGGAUUCACCUGUCUUUCUACUUAUUUAUGUAUGCCACGCUCCUCUCCAUUGCGAUCGGAAACUACGCUGCGCUGCUGUGGCGAGCUGGAACGACGCUGCGGAAUGAGGGUAUUUCAGUGGCGAAUACGAGCAGCAACUCCACUUUCGCCGAGGAUGCGGAACCCAUGGCAGUCUCUUCGGUAGUCCAAUCGAGGCAAGACAUGAUACCGAUUGAUCACACCAUGUCCCCAGUCGAUGACGCUAUGCAACUUCGAUCUGGUGAGAAUAGCGUCUCUCGGAGAAGGCAAGUUGCCCGGUAUUUCUUUUGCAUUCCAUCGUUGUUUAUGUUUGCUUGCAGCAUCCCUGUCUGGGUGUUGCCGUCUUUCCGUUACCAAAUCGGAGGCUUCGCUCGGCUGUUGACGCCUGUCAGCAAAUCGCUUUCCCUCUGGAUCCUGAGCUCACUGGGCAACCGAAGUGAUGCAUACGACAUUUUAUUGGUCGCUUUCUUCACCAUCCUCAUUGCGCCGUGCCUUUACGUGGCCCUCUACCCUAAGUGUCGCUUCCUUGCCUCAUGGUGCGGGGCAGACGUUCUCGUACUCGCCUGCGUCAUUGGACUCAUGCAGCUGCAGCAGUUCGUUCGGUUUGUCCUCGGCGAAGAGGUUGGCAUCUUCUACACAGCCCACGCCUCUUUGCUGUGGCCCAUGUUCCUCUUGUCUGCUGCUUCUGUGCUUGUUUGGGUUUACAUCGUCCGUGAUAUCCUCCACGUUUCCUCGACACACAAGAGCUUGCGAACGAUACCAUCUCCCGCGUAG